UCCAUCUCAUUUCUAACCAUUAAAAAUAAAACAAAAAAUUGAUGAAGACCGAAUCACUCCUUCUCUGCUUAAUUUCCAGCUCUCCUUUCCUCCAUCGGGCGGAGGUUUUCUGUGUGCGAGGUGAAAUCGUAGGGUUUUGGGAGACCGAAUCGCAUCCAAACUUCCAAAUUCUCGGAUUCCCAUCUCAACUUCUCCGAUGGCCGGAAGAGGAAAAGCGGUUGGCUCCAUCAAGGACAAGAAGAGCACCACCAGGAGCACCAAAGCCGGACUGCAGUUCCCCGUCAGCCGCUUCGCUCGCUUCUGGAAGACCGGCAAGUACGCUGAGCGCGUUGGUGCUGAAGCUCCCGUCUACCUUGCCGCCGUCCUCGAGUACCUCGCUGCCGAGGUUUUGGAAUUGGCUGGAAACGUGGCGAGAGACAACAUGAAGACGAGAGUCGUCCCGAGACACGUGCAGUUGGCGGUGAGGAACGACGAGGAGUUGAGCAAGCUGCUUGGAUCCGUCACCAUCGCUAACGGCGGCGUGAUGCCCAACAUCCACAACAUGCUUUUUCCCAAGAGAGCCGUCGCCAAGGGUCGCUCCACUUCUGCCGCCAACGAGUAGAUGCUCUAUUUUCAUUAAGUUUAAUAUUGUGAAUUGAAAGUUAGCAGAGGAAGUAUAUUAGGUUCGUUUAGAUGUACUGGUUACUUCUGUUUUUUUGGAGGGGUUCUGGGUGAUUGGAUCAUGGUAACGAAUCAAAGACAUUUCAUUUUGACAUGAAAUUAAGCAGAAAACCUCCGUCCGAUGGAGGAAAGGAGAGCUGGAAAUUAAGCAGAGAAGAGCGAUUCAGUCUUCAUUAGUUUUUUGUUUUAUUUUUAAUAGUUAGAAAUGAGAUGGAAAUUUUAAAAAAUUAAAUUUUAAAAAAUUUAUUAUUUUUAAAUUGUCACGUCACACAUUUAACGGUCAACUUUUAGAGUUGACUGCCACGUAAGCAAAAGUUAAGGAAUUGGACGGAGAGUGACCAAACGUGAACAGUU